CAGUGGUUAUUAUAGUAGUCACUGACUCAGUAUAGCGGUUCCAAUCUCGAAGGAACUUUCAGUCCAGCUGGAGCUUUGAUUCCAACGACUCGAAAGCGAAACGGAGCCAACGGCUCUAAAGCAUACUCGCGACUUCCUUCGGGACCGAGUGGAGUCUUUUGGAAGGGAAAUCCAAUGGCGUCUGCGAACAGAGAAAGGCUGUUGGAAAAGGUUGAUCUGAAGAAUUGCCCAGGAUGUCGUAUGGAUCGUGCAAAGGAGGAGCAAACUGGGGUGCCUUACAAGAACUUGUCCUAUAUAUGGAUUGUCUCCCUUUGUACUGCUUUGCCAAUAUCAUCUCUAUUUCCAUUUCUUUACUUCAUGAUCAGGGACUUCCAUAUUGCAAAGAGAGAGGAAGAUAUUGGUUUCUAUGCAGGAUUUGUGGGAUCUUCGUUUAUGGUUGGAAGAGCUUUGACGUCUGUUUUGUGGGGAGUGGUAGCUGAUCGAUAUGGUCGAAAACCUGUUAUAUUGAUGGGAACAUUUUCAGUGGUUAUAUUCAACACACUUUUUGGCUUCAGUACAAGCUUCUGGAUGGCACUUUCCAUGAGGUUUCUUCUAGGAUGUUUCAAUUCUCUACUUGGUACAAUAAGGGCAUAUGCUUCAGAGGUUUGUAGAGAAGAGCAUCGGGCUCUAGGACUGUCAAUUGUUAGUACAUCACGAGGCAUAGGACUGAUUAUUGGACCUGCCAUUGGAGGUUUUUUUGCCCAGCCUGCUGAAAAGUAUCCAGAAAUAUUUGCUAAAAGCUCCAUAUUUGGGAGGUUCCCUUUCUUGCUACCCUGCCUGUUAAUUUCGAUUUAUGCAGCAGGAGUAUUCGUUUCUUGUUGGUGGCUUCCAGAAACGUUGCACAUGCAUAAUGAGAGGGUAAGUGAAAGAUUCGAUCCAUGUGAUGUUUUGGAAGUUUCAUCAAAUGAAAUUAGUGAGGUGGAAAACAUCACAGACGUUGACAGAAGAGUAGCACCUUCUAAAGCCAAUCUCCUAAAGAACUGGCCUUUAAUGUCUACUAUCAUUGUAUAUUGUGUUUUCUCACUUCAAGAGAUGGCUUACACUGAAGACCUAUCACCGGGGAAGACGAUUGGUAGUGCUAAGGAGUGUGAGGGGCUCUACUACUUUGAGGAGGCUAAUAUAUUCUCUUUAUGGGCAGUUAGUAACAAAAAGUAUGGAGGGUUAGGCUUUUCAUCUCAAGAUGUUGGCAUAGUUCUAGCAAUCUCAGGGUUGGGGCUUUUACUGUUUCAACUUUUGUUGUAUCCACCAAUGGAAAGAGUCCUUGGGCCAGUUAUGGUUACGCGCCUCUCAGCGGUGAUUUCAAUGCCAUUGCUGUCACUUUACCCUUAUAUAGCUAUGCUCUCAGGGUUAGCCCUUCAUUUGGUAAUAAACUGUGCGUCAAUGUUGAGGAAUGCUCUAUCUGUUUCCCUUGUCACUGGAAUAUUCAUAUUGCAAAAUAAUGCCGUGCCUCAAAACCAAAGAGGAGCUGCUAAUGGCAUUUCCAUGACUGCAAUGUCGGUUUUCAAAGCAUUUGGCCCUGCAGGAGGAGGUGCUCUCUUUUCUUGGGCCCAAAAGCGGCAAGUAGCUGCCUUCCUCCCAGGUAAUCAGAUGGUUUUCUUCAUUUUGAACGUGGUCCAGUUUAUCGGCUUGCUACUUACUUUCAAGCCAUUUCUUGCACUCCCUCCACACAGAAGCAAGGAAAAUGUUGCGAGAAAAACAUAAGUAUUUGUAAGUGGAAGACUUUCUGACCCGUUAUGUGGCGACUAAAUACUUCCUGAACUUCCUGAAAGUAUACGUGCCAAUAAUUCUGUCACUACAUUAAGCAUUGUAUUUAACAAAUUUCAACUUUUACUGUCGUUUCUCUCAUUAGAGGUAUUGUGGCUGUCACCUGUAUUACUACAGAUUCAAAUUUGUGAUUACAGUUUACUUCA